AUAACUAGAUUGAUUUUCCCAUCGUUACAGGACUCGGUUGGGCCGUUGAUCCAUUUGGGCCUGUUAGUUGCACUAUCUUCUCCUUUGGUUGUCCCUGUAUUUGCCCUUUCUCGCUGCGUCGUGAGCCGUCGGAAAAUGAUCGUAAAAGGGUUCAACCGUGAAAUCUCCAUAUAGAUUGCGAUCUACCACUUGUCCGACAUCCCACCAUUUUAUCCCAAGCAACAACGCUUCUUAAAGGUAACAACAUCUUUUCUCUACCGUCCUUCCUUGCGCAGUUUUCUUUUCUCAAAAGAAGUUUCUUUUCCCAGCAACCCAUUACAAUCUUCCCAUCCAAGUGGCCAAAGUUCAAGAAUUUUUCGGAAACCCAGCUCAUAAUCUUUCUUGAAGGGUUCUAAUUGUCAUUUCUGAUUUGUGUAGCGUAAAUCAAUUAUAAGUGAGAUUGAGAACAAUCGAAUCGAUUGUCGAUGGAUAUCAACGAGAUACUUGGGGAGAGCUCGAAGCCAGGAAGCCUAGUACCAACCAAGAGCGCAAUUUAUGUGUGGGGAUAUAACCAUAGCGGGCAAACGGGAAGGAAGGAUAAAGAGCGGCAAUUGCGUAUCCCAAAGCAGCUGCCGCCUGAGCUAUUCGGUUGUCCCGCUGGUAAUAACGCCCGGUGGUUGGAUAUAGCUUGUGGUCGGGAGCACACCGCCGCCGUUGCUUCCGAUGGAUCGCUCUUCACAUGGGGGGCUAAUGAAUUUGGUCAAUUGGGGGAUGGCUCUGAAGAGGGGAGGAAGUACCCUAAGAGAGUAAAGCAAUUAGAGUCCGAGUUUGUGAAAUCUGUAGCUUGUGGGGCACAUUGCACUGCUGCUAUUGCAGAACCGCGUGAUAAUGAUGGAACCAUCUCCAAAAGUAGGCUAUGGAUUUGGGGACAGAACCAGGGGUCCAAUUCUCCGCGUCUGUUUUGGGGUGCCUUCAAACCUGACACGAUGAUCCGCCAGGUAUCCUGUGGUGCAGUUCAUGUAGUGGCCUUAUCAGAAGAUGGAAUGCUACAAUCCUGGGGAUACAAUGAAUAUGGCCAGCUUGGUCAUGGCGUCACUUGUGAAGGCCUGCAAGCUGCUCGUGUCAUCACUGCUUAUGCAAAAUUUCUUGAUGAUGCUCCAGAGCCAGUGAGGGUAACUGAAGUGUCAUGUGGGGAGUACCACUCAGCUGCGUUAUGUGAAAUGGGCGAGGUCUACACUUGGGGGCUCGGAAGUAUGGGCCAACUUGGGCACACUUCCCUCCAAUCUGGGGAUAAAGAGUUACUACCACGGCGAGUGGUUUCCCUUGAUGGUAUUGUCAUAAAGCAUGUCGCCUGCGGAGGAGUGCAUACCUGUGCAGUUACUGAGAAGGGAGCUCUAUACGCUUGGGGUGGUGGUCAAGCCGGUCAACUAGGCUUGGGACCCCAAACUUCAUCAUUCUCAUUCAUUCCAAGUGAUUCUGAAUCCUUCCUCCGAAACAUCCCUGCUGUGGUUGUUCCAAAUGGCGUUGAACAUGUAGCUUGUGGACAUUCUCAUACACUUGCUUCUUUGAGCGAUGGAAGGAUACAGGGAUGGGGUUACAAUAGCUAUGGGCAGGCAUCAAAUGAGAAAUCGACUUAUGCUUGGUAUCCAUCGCCAGUUGAUUGGUGCGUAGGGGCAGUCCGGAAAUUAGCUGCUGGGGGUGGUCACUCAGCUGUGCUGACCGAUGCUUGUUCCUUAAAGGAACUCUGUGAGUUUAGACUUGCAGACGAGGUAAAGUUAUCGAACGCAUCACAGAUUGAAGAUGUUGCUUCCCGAACUGGGGCUGAUGCUUUAGCUCGUCUCUGUGGACGAUUGAGACAGCAUAUGGUUGACAUCGGAGAUCAAAACUACGAUGAUGAAGACCAGUGAGCACUGAACCUCUCAUUAAGAAUUGGUCCUGAUUUUCUGUGAAUAGUCCUUCCCCUAUUAUGAACCAGAGGUGCUGAUUGCAGUGUCAGCAUCUGUAAGUAUUGUAGCUCUGUGAUUGUUGGAACACGAAGCGGCCAACUAAUAUGUUGAGUCGAACUUCCGGUUAUUGUGUCCUCACAAUAUGCUGCUGUUCCAUCUCGUAUGUAGCUGUAUGUAUUACUGACACUUGGAUGACUACAUAGUCUACCCAUUGCUGUGAAUUAACUUGAAUUAUUAUUAUAGUGAUUGGAAGUCUGUAAGUACUGAACUUGUAUAUAUGCUGGAAUUAAGUAGUGUAAUUAAUGUACAAUCUAAUUCUGUGGUUUCGGAUUUGUUCUACUGAUGACGAUCUUCCUGUUCUGACUUCUGAUGCUGUACGGAUCGGAGUCGACUCCAAGAAGUUAAGCUAGAAGGCAGCAUUGACGCUUGCUUGAACAGUGUAUUCCAUUUAACUAAUGUCACAAUCAUGCAUCUAAUGUCAUAAAUUCUGUCAGCAGAAAUUCUCCACAUAAUACAACACGGGCGAGCCUGCAGGGAUUGUCACAUUUUCAUGACAGCUAGGGUUUAUCCCUGAGCACUUCAUGGUUCGCCUAGACAGACCGCCUUUUCAGUUGCAUCUCUAUGCAACUCUUGUAUAAUGGACAAUGAACUUGUUGCACAUAAUCUCAGGACUCAAUUCUAUGACUAGCUGAAAGCCAACAAUCCUUCCUAGUGAGUAGGGUUUGAAGUUUGGUAUAAGAGUUUGGAUAUACAGAAUACUAUAUCGAAUUUGUCUAAAUUUGGUUUAUGAUAUAUUACUGAAUGAACGUAUUAUUUCAUGGGAUUGAAAUUCAAGUGUUUUUUUUUUUAUUAGGGAUUAUGAGGUUGAGAUUAGUAUAUACUGAAAUACAGAAAGAUAUUGAAAUAUAAACUAGUGCGUGCUUUAACCCUCCCAACAAGGCUCCUUUAAUCAUUGUUACUAGAUCAGCAACCACCAAAAUGACCACUUAAUUAUACAUAGUUUCCCUCUGUAUUAGACAACCUAGACCUAGCUAGGGGUGUGCAACGGUCUGGUCUGUAUGAGAACCGCAGUCCAAAAGUGAAAGGCAUCUUAGGACGAAAGACCGGACCAUUAUUGCACUUGGUCGGGUUUGAUCCGGUCAAUUAAUAAACGUCGGUUUGGUCUGGUGUGGUCCACUACGAACCAAAACUUUGCAUACCCCUACCCACACCAAACCCAUUUCAUUAAUGUAGUAUGUAUCUAGACUGCUUAGUCGUCGCUUAUUUUAGUUUGUUUAAUUACGUGCUACACAUCACAUAUUUUCUAGUUUAUUGUUAUUAUAAUUGAGAUUUUUCCAUUUGUUUUGCACGAGUAUUGAUAUCAUUUUUUGCUUCUAUAUAUUUUGAAAAUGCUUUGUGGAGUGUAGGGAUGGCAAAAAUAUCCGUAACCGUGGAUAUCCACCCGAAUCCGACCUAAUCGGGUAGGGUAAAACCCGAACCCGAAGCAUUUUUCGUGGGUACGGGUAAAACCCGAACCCGAAUAUUGCGGGUAAUGGGUGGGCAUGGUUAUCUCACUAUCCAACCCGAACCCGCCCGAUUAUACACAUGCAUAUGUAUUUUGUCUAGAAAUAUUCAUUAUUUUUCCUUAGAAUAUUUUAUAUUUAGUAUAUAAAUAUAAUAUUUUCAUGAAAUUAUGUUGUUUUAAUUAAUUUUCGUCAUUCUAGUGAAUUAUUGUCGUACUUUUCCUCUUACGUAAUGUGAAUAUACGUGUGAAAGUUAA